AUGGUCAACACAGGGCAUCCGAGCAGGGCUUGCAAGCUCUGCCGUGCGAGAAGGAUCAAGUGUGACGAGACCAAACCGUUUUGUUUAAAAUGCGCCAAGUCGAAGAGAGUGUGCCCGGGCUAUCGGGACGCUUUUGAGAUCAACCUCCGAGAUGAGACCCAGUCAACUAUUCGCAAGGCCAAGUCUGCCGCUUUGCGUAAAGCUAUCAAAGAAGGCCGCACACCGGAGCAGGACGAUGAAAACAAACACCAGACCCAAGCGAAAGUGAUGGAAUGGACUCCGCCGGCAGCACCGCCUGCGCGGCAACGGCAGGUCAACAUUAUACCAGUGAAUAGUGACGACGACUGGUUUGACAAGUAUUCGAAUUCAUCAUCCUCAGACGUGUCGCCAUCAAUGUCGUAUGCUUCUUCACUGUCGUACAUCAGCACUCAAGCCCCCGAUUCUUUUGCGUCUUUCAAAGAUAUCGAGGGGGGGACGUACGGGAUGCCACACACCUUGCAGACACCUCUCGACCAACAAGCUACUUGUUAUUUUCUCGCCAACUACGUCCUCGCCCCGCCGAUAGGGGUCGGACGAGGGAUUAUGACCUUUAUCCUCCCAUUGUUGAAUAUGCCAAAUUACCAGGCAUCGCCGCUGCAGUCUGCAUUUUCUGCCGUGUCAAUGGCAGCCUUGGCCGGAAGACCGAACUCCCGACGCUUGUCCUCAAUGGCUCACUUGCACUACAGCAAAGCCCUCGAGGAUUUGACACGAGCCAUGCAAGACAAGUUGGCUGUCAGACAAGAUACGACACUCGCCUCGGCGAUUCUUCUUGCCUUCUACGAAGGUCUGGUGUCAGAAGACAGUGGGAUGUCUGGCUUCAAGAAACAUAUUUCAGGAGCAACGGCCAUUGUCAAACUACGAGGACCCCAUCAAGCACAGUCUAGCGCGGGCUUGAGCAUGUUUGAUUUUGUUAGAGCGGCAUCGAUUCGGCAGUACACAUUCUUCGGCAACAUUUCACUAGAGGACCUGGCUUGGUGGGCUCGGCAAGCAGUCUGCGAUAGCGUCGGCCAUCAAGCUUUAGUUUUAAAUCUCCAGACAACCCUGAUCCGAGCCGAGGCCGAUAGCUUGCUCAAGGGCGCACGAACGACGGAUAAAAUCGACAAGGCUUUAAAGCUACUCCAACGGGCUCGGAAGAUGGACGACGAACUUGGUGUAUGGUUUGAUAAUUGCCCGCCAGCAUGGAAAAAAGUCGUCUUGGGGACCGCCGCCAAUGUGCCGCAAGAUAGGAUCAGACUCGUCUCGGCGUUCCCUGGAACGAUCUAUGACUAUCCGAACGAUUGGCACUGA